GACCACUUAAAGUGCAAUAAUUGACGCUUUUACGUGUUCAAAGUGAUAUUUGCAUUUAACACUGACCAGUGUAUAGCAAUUUUAACACUUAUUGAUUAUUGAAAACUAGUGCUUUUUCACUUGUGUGACCUUAAUUUUUCUUGAAGUGUGAUUGACCACUUAAAGUGCAAUAAUUGACGCUUUUACGUGUUCAAAGUGAUAUUUGCAUUUAACACUGACCAGUGUAUAGCAAUUUUAACACUUAUUGAUUAUUGAAAACUAGUGCUUUUUCACUUGUGUGACCUUAAUUUUUCUUGAAGUGUGAUUGACCACUUAAAGUGCAAUAAUUGACGCUUUUACGUGUUCAAAGUGAUAUUUGCAUUUAACACUGACCAGUGUAUAGCAAUUUUAACACUUAUUGAUUAUUGAAAACUAGUGCUUUUUCACUUGUGUGACCUUAAUUUUUCUUGAAGUGUGAUUGACCAGUUUUGAUCGUAUUCUUUUUGUAGUUAGACGCACUGUACGCUGAAGUUUCUUUAGCUAAACAGGAUGCAGCGUUGUGGCGGGAAGCGUUUUCCUUUUAUUUUUUCAGGUGCCCAAGACAGGAAAAAAGUGAACCUUAUUGCUGGGGACUCCAAUGUUCAUCGGAUUAAGGAUAUUCUUCCUGACGAUAUAGCUGUCAAAUGCCUGCCAAUCUCUGGUGCCAAAUUUUCUGGUGAUCAUCGGGGUUUUCGCCAUGCAUUGUUGAGAGACCUGAGGGAGAUGGAUGUUCAACAGCUGUAUAUUCAUCUAGGCUCCAAUGACAUUCUUACGAAUGAAGCGGUGUUUUACCGAGAUGUUGCUGACUUGUGUGAUGUGGUCCAUCAGGUCAGUCCAGACACCGAGGUUGUCUUGUGCGAAGUGCUUCCUCGGUGUGCAGAUUACAGACAAGGUUGUUGGAUACCAGAAGGACGUCUGACUGCCAUGCAGAAAUGGAUUAAACGAGCCAACUCACUACUUCAAGACUACUGUCGUAGGGUUUUGUUUGUUAGGUUUUUGGUGUACCAGAAGACAAGGAACAUGUUCACCCGGGAUGGCCUUCAUCUUAAUGCCAGUGGUGCUCGUGGCUGUUUAGAGACGGUCCUUGACGACAUGCAGCCAGUGACUGAUGUCCACCAGAUUGAAGCUGAGCCUGUUGUUCUUGAUUGUGUCUGGCCUCCAGUUUCCACUCCAGCCAUGGUGUCUGAUGCAAAUACCAAAUCAUACGCAGAUGUUGUUCGAAUGGCUCCUGCUGCAACUGCUGUCAUCAAGCCACUUCAAAAGACUUCACUACAUCCCAAGAUUACGAAGAAGAUGGUGGUUGUCUGCAAGGAACGAAAACGUCAACUAAGACCAAUUUUAGGCCGGAAGGAGUUCCAGAAAUCUAAGACUGUUGAUGAAAGAUGUCCGACAGCAACCAGUACGAAGGAUUGUAUAGUUGUAGAACUUGCCCAGACCGUUGCAGUGGAGGUGAAGGCUUCAAAUAUCUGUGGAACAUACCUGAAGAAGAGGAAAGAAGUGGCACAACCCUGCAGACAGAAGAACCCACCCGCAUGUCGUCCUUUAUUGAUGAAGCUGAAAAAGAAGGCGCACAUUUCGUGUCCAGAAUGCAGGGUUGUUUGCACCAACGAAGACGCUUUGCUGAGCCACUUCUGCAGUCGCCACAUCAAGCAACUGGAGACUGGAAAAGAGAGUAAAAUUAAGCUAAUAGCUUCACCCAUGAUUGCAUCUGCUAAUCAAGAACUCAACGAAGUCAGCUCAAGGAAGUGGAAGGGAUGCUUGGAAAAUAGAAGUUUCCAUUGUGAAGGAACAUACGAACAUUUCCCUCCCACCAUGUGGAUGAAGAUGUUUGGACUGAUGAUGCUGGGUCAUAUGUGUGGACAAGGUGGUCUUCAUUACAUCAUGAUGCAGCUGUGUAUUCAGCAACAUGUUAACCUGUCCCAGCGGAUGUUGAUGCUCUCAAAUGAUGUUGAGAAAAACCCAGGACCGGAGUAUUCGUGCAAAUGGACAUCCUGCAAGGAAGACUUUCACUCAAUAGGACAGCUAGAUGCACAUAUCAUCUCUCAUGUGGUUCAAGAGAAAUGCUGUAGAUGGGGAGACUGUACCAAAGUCCUGAGCUUUAAUCGUCUUGAAAUCCACGCACUUAAACAUCUCUAUGAUGACCAGAACAUAUUUCGAACAUUGGAGGAUUGGCUUGCUGUGUUAGAGGAUCAUCAGGUGAAGGAAGAAACCACAAAUCUGGUGUUAUGCCCAAUGCAUUUAAGACCACAGCUGAUGCUGCCAUUAUUUGAUGAAGAGUUCAACAUCAUGGAUGAUUUGCUCACUUACACACCAAAGGAUCAUGCUAAAUACAACAGAAGAAAAUGCUGUAACUUGUAUGCACUGCAAAUUUCUAGAACAGAUGGUUGUGUCAAACUUGACGGUUGAUGGCAGUAACUCUACUGAAACACGAAUUCAACGGUUUGUACAAACUGCUUUAAAUGAUAAGGAUAAAGAUUUAGUGACACUCUCUUGCAGUCAAGACACACGUAAGUAUUCAAUUCUUGUGGAAGGUGACGAACAUCCAGUGUUUGUUCAUCUUACAUUUAAUAAAAAAUUAAAUAAG